UGAGAAAUUUCUCAGUUGCGCCACUGAGGGAAUCCGAGUUCCGCAAAAUGGCGGGUGCCAUAGUGCGUUGUUUUCAGAUUCCGAGGAGACAAUUAGGUCUCCUCGGAUCGAGUUUGAGCAGUCAGCAGCAGAGAACACUCGCCGAUGCCGCCCCGGAAGGAAAGAAACAAGGAAGUCCCCUGGCCGAUGAAGACCGCAUCUUUACGAAUCUGUACGGCAGACAUGACUGGCGGCUGAAGGGUGCCAUAAGCCGUGGCGAUUGGUAUAAGACUAAGGAAAUAGUAGAAAAGGGCGCCGAUUGGAUCAUCAAUGAGAUUAAAAUUUCCGGCCUGAGAGGCCGUGGUGGAGCCGGCUUUCCCUCUGGAAUGAAGUGGUCCUUCAUGAACAAACCAUCCGAUGGUCGGCCCAAAUACCUGGUGGUUAACGGCGACGAGGGCGAGCCAGGGACGUGCAAGGAUCGCGAGAUCCUGCGCCACGAUCCACACAAACUUGUGGAGGGCUGCCUAAUUGCUGGUCGCGCUAUGGGAGCCUGCGCCGCUUACAUCUACAUACGUGGUGAAUUUUACAACGAGGCGUCCAACAUGCAAGUUGCUAUAGCCGAGGCUUACCAGGCCGGUUUAAUCGGAAAGAACGCCUGCAACUCUGGCUACGAUUUCGACAUUUUUGUGCAACGAGGAGCGGGUGCAUACAUUUGCGGUGAGGAGACCGCUCUUAUAGAAUCUAUUGAGGGAAAACAGGGGAAACCGAGGCUAAAACCACCAUUUCCAGCUGAUGUCGGCGUGUUUGGAUGUCCCACAACCGUCACCAACGUCGAAACCGUAGCAGUAGCGCCUACAAUCUGUCGCCGAGGUGGAGCGUGGUUUGCCUCAUUUGGACGUCCACGCAAUCACGGAACCAAGCUCUAUAACAUCUCUGGGCAUGUGAACAAUCCAUGUACCGUCGAAGAAGAAAUGUCCAUUCCUCUGAAAGAGCUGAUUGAGAGGCACGCGGGAGGUGUAAUCGGAGGAUGGGAUAAUUUGUUAGGUGUUAUUCCCGGUGGCUCUUCGACUCCAGUCAUUCCUAAGAGCGCGUGCGACACCGUUUUGCUGGACUUUGAUGAUCUCAUCAGAGUACAAAGCUCGUUUGGCACGGCCGCAGUAAUCGUGAUGAAUAAACAGACGGAUAUAAUCAAGGCCAUCACUCGUUUGAUAAGUUUCUACAAGCACGAAUCCUGCGGUCAGUGCACGCCUUGCCGCGAGGGUAUCAGUUGGAUGUAUAAAAUACUAAAAAGAUUUGUAGAAGGUAACGCCGAGGUACACGAGAUAGACAUGCUGUGGGAACUUACGAAACAAAUAGAACUGCACACGAUAUGCGCUUUAGCGGACGGCGCCGCGUGGCCUGUACAGGGUCUGAUCAGGCAUUUUAGGCCAGAAAUCGAAGCGCGUUUGAAUGAACAGAAAAGAGCGACAUCGAAAAGUUGAGAUAAAACUGGAGAUUAGAGAGAAUAUAACGGGAAGAGAUAUUUAGAACAAUCCCUGUAAAAUUUUAUAUUUAUUUUCAGUGUAUAUAAAUGAAUAUAAACACGAUAGUCACGAUUCCUCUGUAAUAAUGUUUCUUCGAACCCGGGUUGACAUCCAUCCUGGAAGUUCGACUAAUAAAGGAAACAUAUAGAGAAAAACCUUAUUAUAUACGUGCAGAUUUUAAGUGUUCCUUAGAAAGAUCAUGCGUUAAACAAAAUUAAAUCGAAACUCUCGUAAUGUUUAACAUUUAUGAAGAAAAGUAAAACCAACGAAGCAAAGUGCUUUGAAGCGAAAAUUCGUCUAACGAUGGCCAUUCACCGCUAGAAAUUAGAAGGAAUAAUUAUAUGUGGAGUACGAAAGAAAAAUUGAUAAAAUUAAAGUUGAUUCAAUAUGGUAGACUUCUAUUAUAUUAAGGAAUUUAUAAGUUCUACAUGUGUGUGCGUGAAUCACACAAACGAUCCUAUCUUACCUUUUCAAAAAUAAUACUCUGGAAGAGAUGGCGACAUGAAAAUAUGCAACAAGCCACUGUGAGAUUUUCAGUAAAGUAAACGACAUCGGAGAGAAAGGAUCGUGUGCGCGAAAAAAUAUGAGAAAAUUCGAUUUAUAUCCUCGAAUAUUGGCCGAGUUUACUUAGAGUCAUGUAAGACUAAUAUUUACCUCCCACGUUUUCUUAUGCAAAUAGUAUGCUCUCAGUUACGCGGUUUUCGUAGAAAUUACGUUACAAUUCACAUUGCGGGCUCUCGAAAAGCUCGUGAAUUAUAGUAAUGGUAACGAUAUCGACGAUGUAUUACGCGAAAUAAAUGAGAUGGCUAUUGAAUGGAAUAUUUUUGCCGAACGUCACGGCGUUCGAAGUGAAACGAGUGUCGAACCUCUCGUUCAUGAAUCAUGCAUACGAUUCAAAUAACGCAAACCGUGCUACUUGCAAGCUCGAAGUGAAACGUAAGACUGGGUACAUCUGAAGAGAAUAUUCGCCGCAGUUUUAUCGAACGAUACUUUGCAUUUAUUCGUUCAUCAUACAAGAGAAUUCGCUAGCACUAAAUGUUCCGCCGGCUACAGUACGGAUAAUAAUGUGACUUUAGGAUAUACGGUACAAUGUGCGUAUACAAUACAUAUAUACAAAAGCACGUUCGCUCGUUCCGCAGACCGGUUGCGUCUGCUUUCCCUGUCUCUCGUUCUCUCGCACUCUUUCGUUCUCUCCCGCUCUCUCGCUCCCUUCUCUCUCUCUCUCUCUCUCUUAGCGCCACUAAAGUCGGAACUGUCUUUUUCGCGGUUUCUCGAAUUAUCGUUAGUUACUUAAAUAAUAGAUUUAAGCUAGCGCCAUUACAUUCUCGGGGUAGUUCGCCGUAGGAGGCGAGCUGUCCCGGUUGUGUUAGUAAGCGCACACACUGUCUUUUAUGAUAGGUCCGUUGUGUUACGUUACCUCCAUUCUCUUAUUUUCAUCUUAUGUAUACAUAUAUUUAUAUUAUCUAUACCAAAUCCACAUUUCAUUCCGUUGCGCAUCCAAUAUUACAUUCCUUUUUAUUUUCGCUUCUCCUUUAUUCUUAACUCGCGGGCAGUGAUGGCAGGAUCGAUUCAUCCCAAGUGCUCGCUCCAGAUUGAAAAAAUAUCUAGGCACCAUACUAACGACGCACAUUUUUCUCGAACAUUUUUAGGCACUAAUAUAUCGCACAAUAUUAUAUAGCAUUCAGCGUUAAGCCUUAAGUACUUCGAAAAAGGAUAACUCUUUCAAUGGUCGUAUCUUGAUCCCAUCGAGUGUCCAGUUUGUUAAAAAGGAUCUAUCAAGUUAAUAGCUCGCCAGUUCUAAAAGCAGUCGUUCCUAAGGCUCUCACGCUCUCGUUUCUAAACUAAAAUGGGAAGCUAUUCUAAAGAUAUACUUAGCAAACACACAAUUUCCGACCGUACUAAAUGUAAAUUAAGUAUACGUCGCGGCAGUACGAACUUAAUUUAAUUUAAAUCUUGUUGUUACGGCAUAUCGUAACAUAAUAAUCGUAGGUCGUAGCACUUGUGUCGUCGGAAAUCAUCCCUCGGCAAACUCCAGACACGGUCGCACGUGAAUUGGCCCCGUUA